AUGUCGAGCCUCGACCACUGGUGGUGGCGUUUCCUGGAGAACCACGUCUACCGCAUCCCGCCGCCGCCGAAGCGCAAGCGCACGAAGCCGAUGCAGGUUCUCUGCGUCGGCCCGCCGCGAAGCGCCACCGAGUCCCUGCAGCAGGCUCUGCUUGCGCUCGGGUACGAUCAUACCUACCACGGCUGGGAUAUCGUGUACGACGACCCGCCGAUUCCGGCGACGGGCUGGGUGAAGCUUGCUCGGAAGAAAUGGUACGGCGGCGGCGGGUCGUCACCGAAACGCAAAGGAGGGAAGGAAAUUGACGAUCCUUCAUCAGAGGGCGACUGCAACAUCACGACCGAGGAAUUCGAUGAGUUGCUGGGCCACUGCGUCGCGGUGACGGACGCGGCGGCGAGCUGCUUCGCGGCGGAGAUGAUUCGGGCGUACCCAGAGGCCAAAGUCGUUCUCAACGUGCGGCGGGACCUGCACUCGUGGCACAAGAGCGCGGUCAAGACGCUGGUGCACGUCAAUGAGAGCUGGAGCUUCUGGGUGUCGAGCCUGUUGGACCGGGAGGCGUUUUGGGCGUGGCACGUCUAUGAGAGGUUUCUGUGGGCAUUGUUCUUCCGGGCGCCUGAUGGGGAUAUGGCGAGUGCGAUUAAGAGGAAUGGGAAGUGGGUUUAUCGUGAACACUGCGACAUGAUCCGCGGCAUGGUGCCCCCCGACCGACUCCUCGAGUGGUCUGCUGAUGAAGGAUGGGAGCCUCUGUGCAAGUUUCUGGGUAAGGAGGUGCCUGACGUGCCGUUCCCGCACGCUAAUGCUGUUGGGCCCGGUGGCGGGUGGAAGGCAAGGGAGGAGAUGGCAAUCAAGAGGUGGAUUGAGGGGGUCUUGACGAAUUUGAUAUUGAUGGGGAUUUUCUUUGUGGGAGGGUGUGCUGUUUGGCUUAAGUAUUUGAGGUGA